AUGUCUUUAAAAUUGCAGAGUGAAGACAGUGUUGACCUAAGGCAGACCUAUACUCCACUUUCUUCAUCAACAGAAUAUUCAAGUUCUGUAGAUUCUUCACUUUUUUAUGCACCAUGGUCUACUUAUGGAGACGAUAUUAAACAGCCUUCUAAUUCUCAGAUCAAUGUAAAGAACAGGAUUCAAACGGAAAGAAAUGACUAUGGCAGUGAAACAGACUUAUACGGACUUGUGUCCAAUAUUUUGGAAGAACAAGAUAAGUCACAGCCGUAUUUUGCUGAGGGGACCUGCUCCUCCAAUUUAAAGUCAGUUUGGCCAAUGAACACAAGCAGAUUUGCAGAUCACCAUGACCUCUUAACAGAAACCAAAAGGCCAAUAGAUACAGCCAUCUCUCAGCAAGCUUUUUAUAGUGGUGAAUCUGUGUCAACAGUGGAAAAGCAAUACCUGCAUAAUAGUAAUCUAAUACCACAACAAAAAGUAGAUGAACUUUAUCAUGGAUUUACUGGUUUAGACCUUGAAGAACAAUGGAUGUACCCCUCACGAAGUGAUCAUUCUAACUGUUACAAUAUCCAGACAAAUGAUACAGCUAAGACAACAUUCCAAGAUUAUCCAUUUAUCAAAAACUGUUUUACAUCACAAACUGGUCUGUCUGACAUCAUGAAAGAAUCAGGAGUUGAUACUUACUCUUAUGGAAGAGAGAAAAUAUGUGCUAAAGGUCUUGAAGUACCAUUACAGCAAAAAAGGGCAGAAAUGUUUCUUUCUCAAUUUAAUAGAUACAGUGAAAAUGCAGAUUAUUGUAGAUACCCAGAAUAUGUUCAUCCUAAUAAGGCUAAGCUUAAUAAGUGUUCGAAUUUUAGUGUCCAAGAUAGUAAAAAAUUAGCUAAUGGUACACCUGAAACACCAACUCUAGAAGCAGACACCUAUACCAAGUUAUUUCAGGUUAAACCAGCAAAUCAGAAAAAAAUGGAGGAGACAAUACCUGACCAGCAGAAUUUCACAUUUCCAAAAACCACACCACAUCUGACAGAAAAACAGUUUGCAAAGGAAGCAGGAUUCACUGCUGAUUUUGGCAUAAAAUCAGAAUAUGGACUAAAACCUCACACAGCUUGUCCAGCUAAUAAUGAUUUUGCUAAUGUCACAGAAAAACAACAGUUUACUAAACCUGACCCCCCAAAUUCAGAGUAUUUUAAACCCAUGAAUUUAUUAUCAAACUCAGCAACAUUUUCAGGAGGUAUCAACUUAAGUAGACCAACGUGGAUGAAUGUUCAAACAAAAAGUAACACUCCUAUUCCUUAUCGGAAUCAAGGUAACUUGAUGAAAUUAAAUAGUCACUUAAGUGUAGCUUCAAAAGGUUCUAACCAUCCUUCAGAUUUCCCCCAACUGUUAUCCACAAAUUUAACCCCAAAUAGCAGUUUAUUUCAGAAGUAUUGCCAAGAAAACCCUUCAGCAUUUUCUAGUUUUGAUUUCAGUUACAAUGGUGCAGAAAGAAUUCAAUCUGUCAAUCACAUGGAAGGACUGACAAAGACUGGAGAAGAAAAUCUCUUUGAAUCAGUUACUGAUAAAAAAAUAAAGCAACCAAAUGGAUUUUGUGAUAACUAUUCAGCUCAGCAGUAUGGGAUCAUUGAAAAUGUAAACAAACAUAAUUUUCAAGCUAAGCCUCAGAGUGGACAUUAUGAUCCUGAAGAAGGUCCAAAGCAUUUAGAUGGCUUAUCUCAAAAUACAUAUCAAGAUCUGUUGGAGUCACAGGGUCAUUUUAAUAGCCACAGACAGGGAAGUGGAGACAACAAUAUUAAUAGCCGUGUGAAUCGCACACAGGCAUCAUGCUUUUCUAAUAAUUAUAUGAUGGGAGAUUUAAGGCAUAAUCAAAGUUUUCAACCACUUGGCUCAAAUGGGUUUCCCCUAAGAUCCACUCACCCAUUUGGCCAUUCAGUUGUUCCACUGUUGGAUUCUUACGAUUUGUUUUCUUAUGAUGACUUAAGCCAUUUAUACCCUUAUUUUAAUGAUAUGAUGUAUGGUGAUAAUUCCUUUUCUGGUUUCGUGCCAACUUUUGGAUUUCAAAGACCAAUUAAAACCCGUAGUGGACCAGCCAGUGAACUUCAUAUUCGACUAGAAGAAUGCUAUGAACAAUGGAGAGCAUUAGAAAAGGAGAGAAAAAAGGUAACACAGAGCUAUCCAUUUAGAACUUAGGAUGUUCCCUCUGCAUAUCUUUUUUAUUUUGUUAGUGUAGUUUGAGUACUCACCUUAUUUCUAAGCUUAAUUCUUCUAUAAUGUACAGUUUUUAAGUCCAUGACUGUAAGGAAUUAGAUAACUUAAAAAAUUUGAAACUUAAAAAAAUUGCUAUUUAUGUAAAGUUUAUUUUGCACUCUUAAUGGGUUAAAAGUUUAAUUCUUUGGGGGUGCCUGGCUGGCUCAUUUGGAAGAGCAUGUGACUCUUGAUCUCAGGGUUGUGAGUUGGAGCCCCACGUUGGGUGUAGAGACUACCUAAAAACAAAAUUUUCUUUUAAAGUUCUUUUAAUUGGGAUCCCUGGGUGGCACAGCGGUUUAGCGCCUGCCUUUGGCCCAGGGCGGGAUCCUGGAGACCCGGGAUCGAAUCCCACGUCAGGCUCCCGGUGCAUGGAGCCUGCUUCUCCCUCUGCCUG